UGUAUUCACGGGAGCGCAUGCGCGGUAUUUUCGCCGCUUAGGCCACGGCCGCUCGCUGUCGCGUGUGGGGACCGGCUUGGCUGCUACGGCUUUCGCCAUGAUGAUGAUGGCGUUGAGUAAAACCUUCGGGCAGAAGCCCGUCAAGUUCCAGCUGGAGGAGGACGGCGAGUUCUUCAUGAUCGGUUCCGAGGUUGGCAACUAUUUGCGUAUGUUUCGUGGUUCCUUAUACAAGAGAUACCCCUCACUCUGGAGGCGACUGGCCACAGUGGAGGAGAGGAAGAAAAUUGUUGCAUCUUCACAUGAAUCUCAGCGGAGUCACAGUCCCAGAAGAUAUCAUGGUUAUACAACACUAGCCACGAGUGUGACCCUUUUGAAAGCUUCUGAGGUAGAAGAGAUCUUGGAUGGAAACGAUGAGAAAUACAAGGCAGUAUCAAUCAGCACUGAGCCCCCCACAUACCUCAGAGAACAGAAGGCAAAAAGGAACAGCCAAUGGGUUCCAACCCUUCCAAACAGCUCCCACCAUCUUGAUGCCGUACCAUGCUCAACCACUAUUAACAGGAACCGGAUGGGUAGGGACAAGAAGAGAACAUUUCCACUCUGCUUUGAUGACCACGACCCAGCUGUAAUCCAUGAGAACGCCUCUCAGCCAGAGGUGCUGGUUCCAAUUCGACUGGACAUGGAAAUAGAUGGACAAAAACUGAGGGAUGCUUUUACAUGGAACAUGAAUGAAAAACUAAUGACUCCAGAAAUGUUUUCGGAAAUUCUCUGUGAUGACCUGGAUUUGAAUCCCCUGACCUUUGUUCCCGCAAUUGCAUCAGCAAUCCGACAGCAGAUUGAAUCUUACCCUACAGACAGUAUCCUGGAGGACCAAUCAGAUCAGCGUGUCAUUAUUAAGCUCAACAUACAUGUGGGGAACAUCUCCCUGGUGGACCAAUUCGAGUGGGAUAUGUCGGAGAAAGAGAAUUCCCCAGAGAAGUUUGCACUGAAGCUGUGCUCAGAGCUUGGGCUGGGUGGUGAGUUUGUCACCACUAUUGCUUACAGCAUCCGGGGACAGCUGAGCUGGCAUCAGAAGACGUAUGCAUUCAGUGAGAACCCUCUACCAACAGUGGAGAUUGCCAUUCGUAACACUGGAGAUGCUGACCAAUGGUGCCCUCUACUUGAAACCCUGACAGAUGCAGAGAUGGAGAAGAAAAUCCGUGACCAGGACAGAAACACAAGGCGUAUGAGGCGUUUGGCCAACACUGCUCCCGCCUGGUAAUUGACCUGAAGCAACGAGAGUUCAAUCUGCAGACUGUGACCUUGGAAGGACUGAGCAUUUAGCCUUUGUCCUGCUGUAGUUGUCUACCCUAUGACUGUGUCAGCACAUGCAUUCUGCUGGCCCAGCAGGUCAGGAGACUUGGAGACCUCUCCUUCCUCCGCUUCAUGGCUACGUGUCGAGCAAGGGGUCCAACUAAAGACCAGAGGUGGCGGUCUGAGCCUUUAUCUCUUUCUUCCCAUCCUCACCUAGUUUGAACAACUUUUUAAAUAAAAGAAGUGAGUAAUA